AUGGGAGGCGCUGGCUCUGGUGGCUACAAAAACAGCCCCGGAGACGUCGAGACUCAUUCAGCAUGGAAUCUGAUCGAGCCCACCCCCGGAUCAGCCCAGAAAUUGCGCCAAGCAAGCUGCAAAUAUUGCAGCAAGGAGAUGGCUCAACACACCUCGCGCCAACGAGCUCAUCUGCUCACAUGUCAGACCUACCUGGAUGCCAUGAAGUCCCAGGGCGUCGAGAACAGCAUCACCCGACGUGCCGCUGAUCCAGCCGCCUUCCUCAAAGCGCCAAAGGCAGAUCAGCCCGAGGGCACAGAGAAGCGAAAGGGCCCGCCGAAACUAACAGAUUUCCCCAUGGUUGUGAGGAUCCAAGCCCUUGCCCUGGCAGAAGCAAGCAUAUCCUACGACCGAAUCCGUGAGAUUACUGGAAUUGACGCCAAGCUUCUAGACAAGCUGCGCAAGAUUGCACGCGAACGAGGCUAUGAACCAUCCACAUCUAUGCAGCUGAAGGAAGAAUACGUCACUGAUCCUGCCAAACCAGGUGCAGGCAAGCUCAAGAAGCAGCGCCUUGAAGGCAUCGUACAAAACGGUGUAGGACCGGCUCCUGCUGGACCCUCUACUCCGGGUUACGUUCAAGCCGGUACGAAUGGUCUUCCGCCGGGAAAUUGGAACGUCAUGGCAGCAGGCCCAGUACAGCCCAGCGUGCCUUUGGGUUGA